AUGUCACCCACCACAGACAGGGGCAACCCGUCCAAACCACCGUCCCCCUCGCCCGCACACAUCCUCCGCACGCACCGACACGCACUCACCGCCCUCGACGUCUCGCACGACAACGCGCGCAUCAUCUCGGCCGACGCGUCCGGGCGCGUCGUCGUCACGUCCACGCGCUCGCUGCGCGUCAUCGCAGCGUGGCAGGCGCACACGGAUGGCGUUCUGGGUGUGCAGGAGGUUGGGGGCGGGCUGAUCACCCAUGGACGCGACAAUAAGCUGUACGUGUGGCAGCGCGUCGAAGAGUCGGAAGCGGUGCGCGUCGGCGGGGCGGCGGUCACGACGUACGAUGAGCGCGAGGGUGCGCCGCCGCCGCCGCGUAUUCUGGAGCUGGAUGUCAAUGCGCUGAAUUACUGUCGGUUCUCUGUGCUCCCUUUUUCUCGUACGGACGAACAGGCGGCAGCGGGUCCGAACGGGGACACUCAGAAGGCGGAUCCAUGCUUGCUUGCCGUUCCCAAUCUCGUUGAUUCAUCACUUGCGGACAUAUGGACGCUCCCCUCAUGCGUCAGACUUCACGCAGCUAUAGGUGCACCAGACGACGAUGUCGCAGAGAUCUCGACGGACGGACGAUCAGCAGACAAAACAGGCAUCAUCAUGUCUAUGCACCUCUUCCGCCCUCGAUCGCAGGCACCACCUGAGGAAGCUGAGAUAUCGACAUCCUCUGCGCCGUUGCAUCUCCUUUGUGGCUACGAAGACGGAGGUCUGGUCCUUCGGCGACGCACUGCUCAGGCCGAAGCUGAGGCAGAGGAGGAUGGAAGGCAGACCGUCCAGGGGCGUGGAUGGGAGGUGGUCUGGCGAAACAAGGUACACGUCGAAUCUGUGAUGAGCAUGGCCGUCUCGCGCGACGGCACGUUCGCCCUCUCCGUGUCCGCGGACCAUCUCAUCGGGCGGUACACCAUCGUAGCACCAGACUCCAAAGGCCAAAAGGGCAAGGAGAAAGAGAAAGACGCAGAGACGGCGACGGUGCACCGGACAAAGCACCCCGGCAACGCGUCAAUUGCAAUCCGGGAUGACGGACGGGUGUGUGCCGUCGGAGGGUGGGACGGCAAGAUCCGGCUGUACUCCACCAAGUCUCUGAAACCACUGGGGAGCCUCGGAUACCACAAGCAGAGCGCACAGGCACUCGCCUUCUUCGCGACGGGGAGCGAUCGGAGGGGUCGUGGUCUUGGGCUCGGUCUGGGCCCGGCGUUAGAUGACGACAUUGACAGUGAGGACGAGGGGAUGACGCGCGCGGAGCACGAGGAGCGGACGCGUUGGGUCGUCGCGGGGGGCAGGGACGGGCGGAUUUCGGUCUGGGCGUUGAUGAGCUUCGAUAAGUAAAUCGCUGCGGAAAAGAGCAUGCAUGCCUAAACAGCAUUCCAAGAUAAUGGAAUCGGAAUCCUGGUCUUCUCCAUCUUCCAAUUCCU